GAGACAGAGACGAUGUAAGGAAGGAAGGACACUGCUCACACACAAGGAGCCUGUUCUCGCUGGUGGGGCCUCUACCCACCACACCAGGCACAAGGCCACUGGGAAAGAUCCCCACCUGCAGACCAGCCCAGCCUUCCAGGGAGACACCAGGCCUCCUCAUCUCCUGCAUCAUGAAUUGGCACAUGAUAAUCUCUGGGCUUAUUGUAGUGGUGCUUAAAAUUGUUGGAAUGACCUUAUUUCUGCUUUAUUUCCCACAGAUUUUUGGCGAACAUAAUGUCAUCUUCAUUCCCACAGAGAGCUCUGAAACAGUUCCGCAGAUUUUGGGGAAUGGCACUGUCAGCUUCACUCCAACAGAGAGCUAUGGAACAGUCUGCCCCAAGGGGUGGGAUUUUCAUCAAGGAAGAUGUUUUUUCUUGUCCAAAUCGGAAUUGCCUUGGAACAAGAGCAUGAACUUUUGCAAAGGAAAAGGAUCCACGUUGGCCAUCGUCAACACGCCAGAGAAACUGAAAUUUCUCCAGGACAUAACUGGUGCUGAGAAGUAUUUUAUUGGCUUAUUAUACCAGCCUGUAGAGAAGACGUGGCGCUGGAUCAACAACGCUGCGUUUAAUGGCAACAUUACCAAUCAGGGUCAGAAUUUCCACUGUGUGACCAUAGGUCUAACAAAGACAUAUGAUGCUGUUUCAUGUAACAUCACCUACCGCUGGAUCUGUGAGAAGAAGGCCCGAUGAUGCAGCUCUCUGUGGCCUCUGACAAGAACAACAAAUAUACUACAGAGACAGCGAAAGAGCAUAUUGGCAAUUGGGACUGAUCCGGGAGAUACAGAACAUUAAAUUCCUACGUCUGUCUUCCACAGGUCACUGGAGAACCCCCUAAUAGCUCCUCAGUGCUAAAGCACCAGGCCCUCCACAAACAUACUUGCAGACACACAGCCGAGGCAAACUCCUCAUUCUGUGUCAGCAACUCCCCGAGACCCUAUUUCCUGAGAAAGUCAGACCCGUGGCUUUCGAUCCACACGGGUCAACUGAUCAAAUGAUCUCUUUAUCCAUCUGUCUACUAGUAGAGGUCCUAGGCUAUUGGAGGAAAUCAGCUUCUGCACUCCACUUUGGGGGACUGGAUACUAUUAACAUCACCAGGAGACAGACUGUUUGAUAGAGACAACUGGGUUGGUACAAAGAUAGAACCAAGAAUUUCUGACUGAUCAACAGGCUUUGCUUCGUCCUCAGAGCACAUGACCAUACUACCAGGGAGAAACUGCAGACUGAACAGGUGUGAACGUUAUUUAAAGGAUAGCAAGGGUGGAAGAGGGAUAAACUCAGCUUCUGGAGCUCAAUUUUGUUCCCAAGAGACCCCUGUUCUCAUGCCCUCCAGCCUGCCUGGGGAGGGACAGCAGAGGCCCUCUUCAAUCUGCUUUGAGGCCAGGACUAGGAAUGGGCUUGUGAGCUAAGCUAGGACCAGAGACAGCACUGUUCAUGGGAAUGACGAGGGGGCUGGGCAGGGCAGGAAUCUGCUAGGAAACCUCUCUGAAGACUACCUAAUACCCAAGAUGACCACACUUCAGAGAACUGAAUCUCUGUUCUUCAGCAAAGUCCUAAAGAAAUAAGCUAAAUAUUUCCUUGGUCUUGGCCUGAAUCUCCAUUUUAAUGGAUUUUGAUGACCUGACUGUGUUUAUUAACUAUAUAUUAAGAAUUUGGUAUAGUUCAUUGGGCCCCAGUAGUCAUAAUAUAUUCCUGCCUGCAGUUCUAGAGAGAUCGUGCUACCAGGUACAAUACAAUGACCCCAAAGACGCCAGCACUGGUUGGUACCACACUGACCCAGGACUGGUCCAGCUGACCACAGAGUAGAAAAAGAGGAGGACUGCUCAAGGAGACAUUGGGUGGAGGCAAGUUGUGGGCAUUUUGUAGAAAGGGAACACCAGGGACACAGGAAAACCAUAUGCAGGAGGAAAAAGAGUUCAUUUGGCCAUACUGAAAGAAAGGCCAGAAAAAGGUAGAUAAGUCUUGUGGGCAUCUGGUCUGUCCUCUGUACUUGCAGGAAGACAUCAACUACAGACUCUCCUCAGUAAGUAUAAAAGAGAAAAGAAAUAUGUUUGUGUUUUAAUUUAACAAGAAUUAAGCCAUAAGAUCAGACUCAUUGGAAAAGACCCUGAUGCUGGGAAAGAUUGAAGGCAGGAGGAGAAGGGGACGACAGAGGAUGAGAUGGUUGGAUGGCAUCACUGACUCAAUGGACAUGAGUUUGAGCAAGCUCUGGGAGUUGGUGAUGGACAGGGAAGCCUGGCACGCUGCAGUCCAUGGGGUUGCAAAGAGUCGGACAUGACUGAGUGACUGAACUGACUGACUGAAGCCAUAAGGGAAGUUUGCAUAAAACUACUAGAAAUUAUAGUCACCCAAGUAAAGAGAUCACCAUUUAUGUCUAAUAAAAAUGUACUACAAUGAUUGUGAACAUCACUUUUUGUAUGUCAAAUUAAAUUGAUGACAGUUUUAUAUUUUAUUACAACACUAAGCUCUGUUUCUAUAUUCCUAGGCUUCCCUAUUUGGGGUUAAUUAGCAUGGCCACUUACAAUGUUUAAAAAUGAGAUUAACACAUUAUGUGUUAGAACUUGCUUGAAGGAGGUUAUUAGAAGCAUUGGGCUGGCCAAAAAGUUUUCAUUCAGGGUUUAUCCCAAAUGAAUGCUUGGCCAGCCCAAAAAUUUGCAUCUUGAUAGGAGUGGAUGUUGGAAUGAUAUUAGAACUCAAUGGAGAUACAAGCUCUCUGAUGGUGUCAGUGACAAGCAAGUGCUACAGGGAAGGAAGGGGGAGGUUGAAAGUGUUGUAAAGGAAAGAAUGAACAGAAUUCUGAGCUAAAGUGAGCCCAGGAUUCAGACAGCAAAAGGGAAACCACAACCCUUCUGUUCGGCAAAGUGAGAACUAAGGUUGCCACACUUCCUGUUUUAUGACAAAAUAAGUUGCAGGCUUUUAUAGUCAGGAAAUGUAGACACUGAUGGCCGGCUCAAUUUUUCCCCAAGAUGAGGCGGUACUUCCGCACAAGUUCUAACCACAAGGAGCUGGGGUGGGGCUCUUGGUGAGGGGAGCCGGGAGCAAAUAUGUGGACUCUGGUUUAAGUUCAUUACUAGAGAUUGGGCUUCCCUGGCGGCUCAGACAGUAAAGAAUCCACCUGCAAUGUACGAGAACCAGGUUCAGUCCCUGGGUCAGGAAGAUUCCCUGGAGAAGGAAAUGGCAACCCGCUCCAGUAUUCUUGCCUGAAGAAUUCCAUGGACAGAGGAGCCUGGCAGGCUACAGUCCAUGGGGUCCCAAAGAGCCAGACAUGACUGAGUGACUUUCACUUUCACUGGAGAAUGGGGGGAGGGUUGCUGAAUCCAUAGAAGGGUAAGUAACUGCAGCCUUAUU